CUGGAGGUUGAAGUUGAGGGGUCACGUUGGAUAGUAGCAGUGGCUUACAGCAGCUGACAUGAUGCAGGCAGUACAGUAGAGACUUACAGCCACCUGCCUGCUGGAGCUGAACAGGAGCGAUUCAUCGUUUAAACAAGCCCUCAGAGAGGAAGGGUAGAACCUGUCAUUAGGAUCCCUGGAUGCCCGCCGGUGCCCUCGCCCUGGCCGCACACGCAGACUCGAUGGCCAUCAGCUGACCCCUCCUCCCAGGAUGACGGUGAGAGAGCGGCUUCGGCAGAACAUCUCAGCCGCCUUCUACCGGCACGGCCUGCUAUGCGCCUCCUACCCGGUUCCCAUCAUUCUCUUCACCUCUGCCAGCAUCCUGACCUGCUGUUACCCUCUGCUGAAGCUGCCUCUACCAGGAACAGGCCCUGUCGAGUUCACCACUGGAAUACGAGAUUACUUGGUCCCAUCCCAUGAGUCUCAGGGCGACCUGUCGGAGCGCCCUGAUUGGUAUCGGGGUCCUCCGGUGGCCUUCAUACAGCAGGUGCUGGUCAAGGCAGCGGUCUCGCCAUGGGACAACAGUCUGGUUCCAGUGGACGUGUUUCGCUCUCCCCUUGGGCGCGUUUUCAGUCUUCUGGAGGAGAUCAGAAACCACGUUUAUUCGGACAGAAGUUUGGAGGCGCUGUGCUUGCAGGUGACGGACCUGUUGCCAGGGUUGCGGCGCAUGCAGGCGGUCCUUCCAGAGCAUGGCUGCCUGCUUGUAUCCCCUGGCAACUAUUGGCAGAAUCGGCGUGACCUAUUUGAUGCAGAUCCAGACCUCCUGAAGACAGUCCACCAACAUGAACCCAAAGGCCUUCAUACUUCAGCCACUCUGAGAGAUUUACUCUUUGGUGUCCCGGGGAAGCAGACAGGUGUAAGCCUGUAUAGCAGGAAGAGAGUGGUGACAUACACCAUCACAAUUGCACUAAGCUCCUAUGAUGCAAGGUUUGUAGCUAGUCUCAGAGCCCGUUUAAAACAGCUUUAUCCAUCAGCGAACUGCACUCUGCGUGAGGACCACAUGGUGCACGUUCAUUUCAAAGAGGAGAUUGGCAUCGCUGAGCUCAUCCCGCUAGUCACCACCUACAUCAUCCUCUUUGCUUAUAUCUACUUCUCCACCCGAAAGAUCGACAUGGUGAAAUCCAAAUGGGGCUUGGCGCUGGCUGCUGUUGUGACGGUUCUCAGCUCUCUGCUCAUGUCUGUGGGACUCUGCACCUUGUUUGGCCUGACGCCCACGCUGAACGGAGGGGAAAUUUUCCCCUACCUUGUGGUGGUAAUAGGUUUGGAGAAUGUCCUUGUCCUCACCAAGUCUGUUGUGUCAACGCCUGUUGACCUUGAAGUCAAGCUGCGUAUUGCUCAAGGUCUAAGCAAUGAGAGCUGGUCCAUCAUGAAGAAUAUGGCCACUGAACUGUGCAUCAUCCUCAUUGGAUACUUCACAUUUGUACCAGCAAUUCAGGAGUUCUGUCUGUUUGCUGUGGUCGGUCUAGUGUCCGAUUUCUUCCUGCAGAUGUUUUUCUUCACCACUGUGCUGUCUAUUGACAUCCGCCGCAUGGAGUUGGCUGAUUUGAACAGGCGUCUCCCGGCCGAAGCGGGGAUGCCUCCGCCUAAACCAGGCCCUUUACGUCCACGAGAGACACCUCCACCACCUCGCCCCUCUCCCCACACAAUCACCCUGCAGGCCCCUGCGUUCCGAAACCUCCGCUUGCCCAAGAGGCUCAGGGUGGUUUACUUCUUAGCCCGUACUCGCCUGGCACAACGAAUUAUCAUGGUUGGCACUGUAAUCUGGAUUGGGAUCUUGGUCUACACAGACCCUGCUGGUCUGAGAACUUUGCUUGCUGCCCAGGUGUCAGAGCAGAGCCCUCUUGGGGAGGCGGGGCUUCCUCCUCACCUGGGCGUGGCUCCAGUAUUUCCUGGUGGAGACCCAACCAGCACACUGAGCGUGCUUCCUGCCCCUGAACCCACCCCUCUACCCGAGAACCAAUCCCAGGGUCACCGAGCAGCCCGCCCAGGAGUUGCCCCUGUCUCCAGUCCCCAGAUCACUUGGGGCCCUGAGGAUGAGGAGCUAUGGAGGCGGCUUUCUUUCCGCCACUGGCCUUCACUCUUUAGCUAUUACAAUAUCACUCUUGCAAAGAGGUAUAUCAGCAUUCUUCCAGUCAUCCCUGUCACGCUCCAUCUCAGCCCACAAGAAGCCAUAGACACACGUCACCCCCAGGACACACACCACGCUCCUCCUCCCAGCAUCAAGACCUCCGAUCUGCAGACAGACCUCACACUCUACAAGGUGGCAGCUCUUGGACUUUUCGCCGGUGUGGUGUUGGUGCUCUUACUCUUCUGUCUGUAUCGUGUCCUCUGCCCUCGGAACUAUGGGCAGAACGGGGUGCCCCAUGGUCGCCGGCGCCGUGGAGACCUGCCCUGUGAUGAGUAUGGCUACUCGCCGCCAAUCAGCGAAAUUUCCCCUCUGCUGCUGAGAGGCCACAGCAUGGACAUUGAGUGUCUGGCCAGUGAUGGCAUGCUGCUGACCAGCUGUUGUCUGGCGGGACAGAUCCGUGUGUGGGACGCACAGACAGGAGACUGUCUUACUGUUAUACCUAACAAUGGUCUGCGCAGGAGCAGCAGCAGUGGUUGUUGGGAGCAUCGUGAUGGCUGGGAUCACAUAAGUGCUUGUGAGGCCGAGGGCCUCCUGGGAGCAGACUUUCGAGAACCAGGAGGAUCUAUGGGUGGGCCAGAUGUUGAUAUUUUCCCAAUAAGGAGGAGGACUGCCCCUGCACGCCCUGCACUAUUUGGGGACCAGCCAGACCUCACGCCUCUCAUCGAUACUAACUUUGGGGCUCUGCCCCCAUCUCAUGCUCUUGGCAGCUCUGGCUUUGACUUUGGGGGACUGGUGGAGAAAGCGUACCAGGAGCAUGAGCCCUCGCCAACACUGGCCUUCCCCCCUUCUCCUCCAGCUACACAGCAAAGGCGACGUAGCCUUGGGGACCAGCCUGUCUUACCACCAGAGCUCCCCCCGCAAAGCAGUGGUGACUGGGACAGCUCAGUAUGGGCCAUGGAGCUGAGGGGCAACCUCAUCGCCACAGGUCGCAGCAGCGGCAAACUGGAGUUGUGGGAUGCAGUAGAAGGAUCACUACGAUGCAGUAAUGAAGAUGGAUUAUCUGGAAUCACUGCCUUGGCUUUUCUUAACAACAGAAUUGUGGCGGCCCGUUUAAAUGGCUCACUGGAUUUCUUCACUGUGGAGAUCAACAAGCCUCUCGGGUUGCUUCAAUAUCGCGGACCCCCAGGCCGAGGCAGUCUGCCCCCCUCCCCCUGUUACAGCAGCGAGGAUGUGAUCAGCUGUCAGCUGACGCGCUCAGUGCAGUGUGCCCACCAGAAACCCAUCACUGUGCUCAAAGCUGCCGCUGGCAGGGUCGUCACUGGCAGCCAGGACCAUACAGUCCGAGUAUAUCGUUUGGAGGAUUCUUGUUGCCUCUUCACCCUUCAGGGCCACUCGGGUGGUAUAACUGCCAUCUACAUAGACCAGACCAUGGUUCUAGCCAGCGGGGGCCAAGACGGGGCCAUCUGCGUGUGGGACGUCCUAACAGGCAGCCGGGUGAGCCACGUGUACGGUCACCGUGGUGAUGUCACCUCAUUGGUUUGCACAACUUCCUGUAUCAUUAGCAGUGGGUUGGAUGACCUCAUUUGCAUUUGGGACCGUAGCACAGGCAUAAAGCUGUACUCCAUACAACAGGAGGUGGGGUGUGGGGCCAGUCUGGGGGUGAUCUCUGAAAGUCUGUUGGUGACGGGAGGACAAGGUUGCGUGUCAUUUUGGGACCUGAACUACGGCGACCUGCUGCAGACGGUUUACUUAGGGCAGAGCAGCGAAGGUCAGAGCGUCAGGCAGCUCCUGGUUUUGGACAAUGCCGCCAUAGUCUGUGACUUUGGUAGUGAGCUUAGCCUAGUCUACGUGCCCUCUGUUCUGGAGAAGCUGGACUGAACAUACACACGCACAAACACCAGCCCCAAGGAAUUAAAAAAUGUCAGAGUGGCCGGCACAAAAGCACUCACCCUUUAACCUGUAUCACCGCAGGUUCAUUGCAAACAUGAAUGCCGUUUCUUGUCUUCUCAUGUACCGCUCUACACUUAGUAGGGAGGGAGCGGUUACUUUUUGCCACAUCUGAACAGGAUAUCAUGCAAAACCUGAUCCUUUGGUGUUCAACAGGCCUCUGGCGCUCCAUCAGAGCAUUUUGUACUUCUGGUAGUACAUCAUACAGAAUAUUCUGUAAAUGAAUUUGGACAGAAUUACGUGAGGGUAGUACAAAAGCUGCUGACAGCGAAAGGUGGCUCACUUAGCCUGCCUUAAGAUGUCUGUUUGUGUGUGUAUGUGUGUGCGUGUGUGAGUGGUAACAAGCUCAUGGUGAAAAUGCCAGGCUGCCCAGCCCAGUAACUCACAACUGCGUGCCAGCUAGGUGAGAGAGUUCACAAUAAUAUGUUUGCAGGGGAGAGGAGCAACGAUAGAUGGUUGUUGGGGCAGAAAAGGGCAUAGAUCUUUCCUGCUGAAAGGAGUGUUUCUUUGUGUGCAACUAUGUUUGAGUGUUUGAAUCUUGUGAAAGCUGUUAAGAAAUGUUCAGGUUGUAUUUCACCCCAUAAUCAAAAGAAUUCUCUGAGAUUUGAUUAAACUUGAACAUCUUAGUAACCACACAGAAAUUGCAAUAACCUUGCAUAAAGACAACAAGUACUAUUUUGUUUUUAUUUUGGGAUAAUUAAGAUUUUUUUUUUUAAAUUUAAUGACAAUUAAAAACCCUGCCUUAAAUAUUGUCACCCUAAAUUUGUGAAGAAAAUGUACUUUGUCAUUACAGCUGUAAGUAUAUUUACAUUAUGAUAGUAUUUGUUGUACUGAAUUUAAUUUAUGCUAAGUCCAGACAGGAUCAUUUUCACUACUGUAACAGCAAUGAGUUCUCCCCAUAUUAAAUUAAAGAGAAUUUAGGAGGGGGAGUGUGCUUAUUAUUCAUAAAAAAAAUGUCACAAUGCAAAUAAUGUUUAAAAUUUUUAAAUAGACUUUCCUUUUGCAACAUAUAAUUUAUGUUCUUUUGAUUUUGGGGUGAAACAUUGAACCGGAUGCUAUGUUUCUGUGAGAUGAAUGCUGUAUAUGUCUGAAAUUAAUCUCUGGGGUUGUGGGGAGGGGGUCUCUUUUUAAUAUUGAAAUCAAUUAUUUAUUAGUGAAAUUUCUAACAAUUUGUAUGAAACUUGGCUUAUAGAUAAGUUAAAGUGGAGAUGUGGUCAUAAAUUUUAAUAUACAAGGAAAGCUUUGACUAACUUAUACCAUAAUAAUAUGACUAUAUUGAUUACCAACGGACGUUUUGGAUUUGAUGUAGUCUACGUUCCCUUCCUAGGGCAGCAACAUUGGUAGCCAGAGAAAAGAGAAAGGAGACGUUCUCAUUCCAGCCCUGCCUUAUUAAACACAUGAGAGAAAUGCUCCUUGGCACACGCUGUGAUGUCAUAUCUGUUUCCUGGACUCCUGAAUGAAUAUUUGAAACGGUUAACUUGUAUUCCAGGUGCGUUUUUAAGCUAAAACCAUCAGUACGAAUCACCCAAAGUCAUUUUAAUCGAAAUGCAGCAGAUGAUGCUGAACACAUUUAAUGUUAGAUUACCUUCUGUGCUGAAAAUUGAUGGAUAGGGCUGCUUUUUAAUACUAGAUGUGUAUAUUUUUUUAUUUUUUCCUGUAUUGAAGAGUGUUUUUGUUGUAGAGCAGUUUACAGGUUUCACUGAGAUUAUAAUUUAUGUUGACCAUUAGUUGUUACUGUACAUUUUGAGCCCUGUUUGUAACGUCGACACAUUAGUGUAUCCAGUCCAGCCCUGCAGAACCCACACAAAUGUGUGCAUUGGUUUGGUCUAUUUUUAAUACAGCCAUAUCAAUCAACCAAUUCUGUGAUUAUAUUUUGGAUGUGCUAGACAAAUGCACACAUUUGUUGUCCUGAGAACUGAAAUUGAAUUAUUAAAAUGCACUGAGAGACUUCUUUAGUUUUAUUAGACAGUAGGAGAGAUUUAAACAUGGUUCAUUUUAUUUGCAACAUUUUCUACGCGUAAUUUGCAUUUUGGCUUAUGGUUUGGUAAGAAAGUAUACCAAAGGUGUCCCCAUUUUCCAUGCAAAUGAGUCUUAGGUGUUUUUUGCUGCACUUUAAAACUUCAGUUUGAAUCAUGAUGCUUUAAAGAUGGUGUUUCCUAUUAUUACAGAAUAGUUGGUUUAUAAAUUUUCCCCCAUUCUUUUGAUUUUUGCAAAAACAACUAUAGUCCCCUAAACCAAUGAAACCAGAUUCUUUUGGUUGCUCAGGCCAACCAGGAAAACAAUUUCCAUCUGAUUAUGUGGGGAAUUUCCAUGCAAGUCAAUAGAAAUGCAUGUGACUCAGUCAGUUAUUAGCCAUGUUUUACACAUGUAAAUAUUAGUUAAUAAUUUUGAUGAGAGAACUAUUGUUUAAUUAGUUGUUUUUUUUUAACUACACUCUUCAAACCAUGCAGUAGCAUUGGUCAAAACAAUUGUGCUUUUUUGUUUUUGUUGAAGGUUUUUUUUUCCCUUCUUUUUUUAAUGUUUGCAUUUUUUAAUGGGUUUGUGUUUGUGGCAUUGAUAUGGCUGAACUUUCAUAAGACCUACUGGUCUUACAGACUGUGCAGCUGUUGUGUGUAGAGCAAGGAUGCUCAAAUCUUGUUAAAACACGAAAGAAAUAGCAAAAAGCAAUCAUUUUUACCAUGAGAUGAUAUGUGGCCAGUUAUCACUAAAGAACAAAUGUAUGUCUAGCAGCUCUUAUUUAUAAGAGUGGUUAGAACUUAAAACAUUUUACCAUCUUGUUUUUAGGGUGUCUGAUAAUGAAAUUAAACAUUAACCACAUGAGAACAGAGUGCUGAGAGAAGACAAUAAUCAUUUCUAUGACCAUACUGCAAAGCAUUUUCUUGAUGGCAGCCAUUUUAGUAUGAGGAGUGAAAUAGCACCAAGCUCCAUUGUGUUCAUUUUACUGCUCUUUCUCCCUUUUUAGAGGAGCACAUUCCUAGACAUGAUUCAAUAUGUGCGGUAUUCAAGUGAAAUACUGAUCUCGACUUGCUGUAUCUUACUGCUGCUGAGGUAGAAAUGGGGUGGAGAAUGUUUAAAAUGAUGUGAAAUGCCUGAAUGUUGCACUGUUUCUUAAGAUGGGGAGGGGGCAGAGAGAGACUUGGUGUAAAUAUUGUCUUUUUUUGGGCCUGCUCUGCCCUCUUCUGUCUUUCCCAAAUACACUACACAGUGUAACCAGACAGUAGAGGAUGUAACUAAUGCUCUGUUCUAUUUUUAACACAAGAAAAAAACUUUGUACUAAUUUGCAAAUAAAAAGGCUUUCAUACAUUGUCA